GCUGAAUUAUUCCCAAUAGCAGUUGUAAUUCUGAUUUUCUUUGCAGACAAGUGCGAUUGCGGAUGAAACACAGAAGCAAAUCGAACUUCAAAUUCACAGGCAUGAGCAGCUCUUGCAGCAACAGAAACUUCACGAAUUACACGCAAAGUAUGCAGCGACCGGUGCCGUUGGACCUCAAGGACUCGUUUUUCUACCUUUCCUUGAGCAGCUGCGAGGAUUGCACCCGGCAGCUGUACCCCCCGGUUUGGGAAAGUCACAUAUACCCAAUCAGAUGCUACCUCCACCUCAUCAAGUUCCAAAUUGGAUAUCAGCAACAGCGCAUUUGGCCCAAAUGUCCGCAGCCGCAAUCUCGACCACAACGGACAAACGAUCUCCCCCGCGUCAGCCAACUCCCUCUCCCCCACCACAAAUAUCCGACCCCGACGCCCCCCUCAAUCUCACAAAACCUAAGUCUUCCAGUUCUGAAUCGACCGGAUCUAGUCCUCACAAUAUCCCAGUCAGUAUGCAAAGCUUUAGCGAGCAGCCCGUCGCAGCUACCACCCCUAAACUAUUACCUCCAGGUCUCGUGAUGCCCAGACCUUUCCUAGCGUACGCGGGCUUACCGCCUCAAUUCCCGCUGCCCCCCAACACAGAUCGCCACAAAACGGGAAAGGAGGGCCUACUGAGCCCUGACAAACACCAUUUUCCCAUGCACAUGUAUGGAUUGUCAAGCGCGUCGCACCUCACCGGUGGCAAACCUAGGGAUGACCCCUCGAUUAAAGACGAACCCGACUACCUUGCGGCGUGUCACAUGUGGGCCGGUAGCGACCCCAGUUAUAAGCUGGCCGAAGACAGCAAGGACGCGAAAAUUGUAAGGCAGGUGAAGAGGGAAUCCGAAAACAAACCUCACAUCAAGAGACCAAUGAACGCAUUUAUGGUGUGGGCGAAGGACGAAAGGCGAAAAAUCCUGAAGGCUUGUCCCGAUAUGCACAACUCCAACAUUUCAAAAAUCUUAGGAGCGCGCUGGAAGGCGAUGUCAAACGCAGAGAAGCAACCCUACUACGAAGAACAGUCGCGACUAUCAAAGCUGCACAUGGAAAAACAUCCGGAUUACCGAUAUCGGCCGCGACCUAAACGAACUUGCAUCGUAGACGGUAAAAAAAUGCGCAUUUCGGAAUACAAAAUGCUAAUGCGCCAAAGGCGACAGGAAAUGCGCCAGUUAUGGUGUCGCGACAGCGGUUCCGAGAUGAGCUUUCUUGCACCCGGUUCGGACCUAACGUCGCCCGCGUCUACGUCAGCGGGAAGAAUGUCCGUUUCUCCCCCCAUGAUUUCGAUGAACGGUGCGGGGCCGAGUUCCGAAGGAUUUUAUCACAGUGACAGUAUUUCCCCAGAAGCGAUGAGCUUUAUGCACGAACAUUCUGCCUACGAUUCGAGUCCCAGACAUGAUGAUGACUGAACCUGAGUUUCAAGGGAACUGAGCUUCCCUUGGUAUUAACGAAUUCACGGGCGGAUACGAGUUGGAAAAUCGGUGACUUACUCGAAUAAACGACAUGACAAAGUAUUUUAAAUUAUUUAUUAUCUCGACAAAGGAAUUUGUAUAUAUAACAUACUUUCCUUUUUUUACGAACGCUCGAACUUAUCCAGAUGUCAGUGUCCCUUAACACAGUGUUCUCGAGGGCAGUUCAAAUUCAAGUGUGCCAUCUAGUUGACGCAAAUGUGAACUUUUACGAGACUUAUAAAAAAUUAUUGGUUAUUAUUAUUAUUAUCACAAUUAUUUGGUGUUGUAGUUGUAUUGUUAUGUAGAUAUGCCAUUCAGAUUUUCAUGUUAUUUAUUUACAUUUAGUUAUAUAUCGAAAUUUGUUUUUCUCUUUUAUUGUAAAUUCUUGUAAAGUUUUAUAUGUGUUUUUUUACAUUGCAUAUACGCGAAUAAAUUUAUUAACAGUAACUUUACAUAGUGCUCAGUGUUUUUGGUUCAAGUGCAAUGUCAUUUUCAUGUAUAUUAUUUUCUACUGUUGAUGUUUGUAUAUUUUAAUGUUAAGAGCCAGUACUUUAACUAAUAUUAUUUAUUUUAAAGUUAUUUGUACUUGUACAGUGCCCUAUUUUUACCGAAUCUGUACUUAUAAGUGCCCUGCGCCAAUCGCUACCUAUCGGUAGAGGUCUUAAUUUUUUUUAUAAUCUUCAUCUGCAAGUACCUGGGCACUUCUACUUAAUCCAUUUCUGUUUUAGAAACGACAUAUUGUAAAUUUUGUUAUUUAAUUGUUGCAAAAACAAUCAAAAUUUUAUAUAUUUUAUUUUACAAUCAGUACAAAGUUGUUUGUUUUUGCAAUUAAAUCGAUGAACUUUACAAUCACCACGUAUUUAACCUUAAAAAAUAAUAUUGUUCAUGGGUAUUUAAGCAAGUAGAUUCUAGAAUGUAAAUACUUUUAAAAAACAGGCGACGACCUUUGCAAGCCAAUUUUUAUUUUAUUAUUACAACUAAUAUUUCUCGAACGCCCGCAUUUUUCAUUGAUCCAAUGUUAUUUCUUUGCAGUAUUUAGUUAUAAAUUCCCUCUGAAGCAGCUUAUGAUUUGAAUCGUUAUGGGGCCAUUUUUAUUAAACAAAAUAUUAGUUGUCUAUAAAGAAAGGUUAGAGAAGUGUUAUAAUUGUAUUUGAUGAUAAGUUAAAUAAAAUGUGAUACCUGUAAUCUACAUAGGUAUAGUUUAUUUGAAGUAUGUAGUAUUUUAAAUUGAGACGUAAAGCACUAGUGUUGAAAAAGUGAAACGGAGAGAAAGAGCAAAUGUUUGUAUGCAUUUAAAAUAUUCCUUAAUGCAUAUAGGGCUAGUGAAUGUUGUUUAUAAAAAUACCAUAAUCAAUGUGUAAUGUCUAUGAAAUAUUAAAAAAAAAUGCAUAGACCUGUAUCUCAAAAACAUUUAAAGAAAUGAUUACUAGAACUAUAGGCUCACUGUUUUCUGUGCCAAAUUCAAGGAAAUAAAUUGUAAAAUGUA